AUGGACAGCGGCAUGCGCACCUCAACCCAACCGGAUCAUGCCAAAGCCCCUAUCGUCAAUGGCGUUAAGGAGGAGAGCGUGCCGGUGAAACGCGAGUACUCCGGGAGCAGCAGUACGGACGACCACGGCGGGAAAAUCAGCGGCGACUAUAGCUAUGUGGAGAACAAUCUGCGGACGGCCAAGAUGGAGGAGGCCGCCGAUGAGGUGGAACACAUCACCACGGAUCUCAUACCUCUCAGCUUACUCCUGAGCCGACUUGCUCAAUAUUCUCACAUGAAACUACAAGAGUUUAUUCUCGAAGCGGCGUCAAAACCUCUCCCAGAUCACGCGCUAAAUGGCAACGCUAAAGGGGCUAUCGGCGGCAUCAAUGGCCACAUGAAUACCAACGCCAAUGGCGGCAUAAAAGCCCCCAGUCCUUUUCAUGAGGACACAUCGGCAGAGAGCUUGGAGAAAAAGACGAUGGCCCUCAAAUUCAUGCAGGAUCUGCACUCGCGAUGGGUCAAGGCACUCGUCAUUACCGAAUGGUCCAGGAACGCCGAGGAAGUUGGGAGGCUUAUCGAUCUGAGGACGCAUCUUGCCCAGAAGCUGGAGAGGUUGGGGCACACGUUUUGGGAGAUGGUUCAGGUCAAGACCUCCAUGGACUUUGCGAAAAUCCCAAGCCCAGAUUUGAAGACGGCUCUAGAGGUGCUUAGCACCGGCGCCGUUCACUGGAUGCCCGACUUUGGUUAUAUCCCCAAACCACCAUUAACACCGCAAGAAACGUUGAAUUGUCUCAACGAAGUCGAAGUGAGCUUGCACAUGAGACUCCAGCUUCACGAAUAUGAGAAGCUCCCAGAGCCGUGGAAGGACUACAAAGUCGACAGUGGUCGCGUUACCCUGACCGUGCCGGGCGAAUUCGAGGUCGACCUUACAGUGUCUGAUGACGACUUUGAAAGCCAAUUUUGGUUCCUGGAUUAUCGGCCUAUUUUCACUCCAGCACCCGCAGUGCUCUCAGAGGGGGCACGAAGCUUCAUUGAGAACCAGGUCAACGGCAUCCUCCAACUCGAAGGCUUGACGGGUUGCUAUAACUUCCUCCACGAACUGACUCUUACCACCAAGAUUGGCGAAUACACUCGUCAGGCAAAUGAGCUCAGCCACACUGGGCGAUGGGCUGGGACAUUGAAGGUUGAGAGGUUGAACCGGGCGCUGGGUAUUCAGUACUGGGCACAAAGCCCCCAUGCCCAGGCAUCACCGAGCUGGAUUCUCCUCGGUGUGCACAGCGGCAAACUCUCACAAAAGUAUGGGGAGCCAGAUUCACCUAGUCGUCUCCUGUUACAGUGGUUUCGCGAAGGGAAAGAGCCAAAAGGGAUCGACAUUCCGUUUGACACUAGCAAUAUCUCUGUUGAGACGUUACUAGCCACUGUCGUCUCAAAGCACAUCGAACACACACUCUCGUCGAUAUACAAUACGCUACAGAGCAAACCCCGAUACGCGCAAAGGGACGGCAAGUUGGUUCUGCGGAUUGCGCAACAUCCCGGGUCGGAGUCUUCGCUUACGAUGCAGCUCAUCGGUGACAAGGAAGCCGUGCUAGGUAUUGGGACUUGGUCAGGGGCCUUCUCUUUUAAGGACUCUUCCCCAAUGGGGCGGGACUGGGCGCAGCGCAUGAAUUCCGUGCGCAACCCUGCGGACGACGGUGCAGCUAUGUUGGAGCAUUACAGGUGGUUAUACAGCGCACAUUGCCUCAAGAAGCUGUCGAAGUCGACCGACUGGGUUGUUCUGUCACAGGCCCCGGUCCCGCAAGACGAGACAAAGCGUGUUGUCUAUUCACGGGCUACAACCAUCCGCCCCCCUUUUUAUGCGGUGUGGGCUAGGAACGCUCGCUGGAACCCGCAGUGGUUUGCCAUGAUGAGUUUGAGUCUUGGGGGGGAUCGCUGGUGGUUGGUGGAGAUAACACCCGAGGGCCAUGGCUUAACCGGCUUCCGGGUCCACACAUUCACAGAGCUGCCUAUGCGGCCUUCCGACCUGCUCUCAUCCUCUAGCCCCCUGAUACCAAAGCUAACCGAGCACACUACCAACAUCAUGGCCCAAAUCUACGACCUUCAGGGACUCUACCAAGAACGCAUACCCCAUACUGUAGCCAGACUCGGUGUCGCUGGAGCCCUCGUUACACACGUGCAGUCGGCGGAUAUGCUGACGACGAAAUCUGACUCUCCGAGCCUACCGGUCCUCUCUAACUCCGUUAAUUCAACUCAUUCUCUCAACACCACCAGCAAUCCCCGGACGGCGCCAUGGGCAGCGAAACUCAUCCCGAUUAUUUACAGGGGACCGGCGCCUAUUCAACCCCCACAAUAUCAAGAGUUUCUGGCCCAGUCCGGCUCGCCACAAAAGCAGUGGCCGCGGCAGAAAGGCAUGGUUGAGGCGACAGUCAGCGUCACUAACCGUUCUCGGUUUCAGCUAUUGCAGCCCCAGCUGGAUCGUGACGUGUCAUAUCACCACCAACAAGGCCAAUUCGUCCUUCGCUUUCACCCCGAGGCCGUUUCAGGGACAAUCCCCUUGCUUCGAGACCGCAUGCAGGCGCUCGAUCGCCUGGUCGACAUUGUCAAUGCUCUCCGCACUUGUGGAAAGCACAUCACAGCCGAGACGAUCACUCUCCGCGAGAUUGUCUUUUCCUACAGCAAGAUUGGCCCGAAUGGCCAGUCUACUUCUCCAGAUAAGGACUCCAAGUCACAGGGAUGGAAAGUCCGUCUUGAUCUUGCUGCCGCCGAGGGCGUGAAUGUCAUUCUCGAGACCGGAAACCCCCAUCUGCGAAUCAUUGACUUUCUGCGUCUGACUGCGAACACACCCGGCUUCAAGAAGCUUCCAGCUUACCUCGUCUUCACACUACCGCUCUUUGAUGCGCUCGAGAAAAUGCAGGACUCGUGGAAUCCGGUUCUCGCAAAAGAACAGGGGGCCUGCUACGUGUUCCAUAAGCGUUUGGACUGGGUCACUAUUCGCUUUGCGCUCUCCGGCGCCAAGAACCGCCGGGUGCACCUGGACAUCAAACCCCGCGACAAAGAUGGCAACCUGUCCUGGCACGUCUACCGCCCCAACACCGACGACAAUGUCAACAAUGAAAACGACGAGUUCAACAAGGUGCUGAAACAGCGUGUCUGGUCGACCAGUGGCAAGGGUUUCAAGGGUCUCAUGAACAGCGCCGUCGCAAACUGGGAAGAGGGCAUCGGUAACCUUCUAGUCCUCGUGAACGAGGCACUCCAGUCACUUGCCGGCACACCCGCUCCCCCGCAACAAAUAGUACAGCCGCAGCAACAACAGCAGCAGGCCCUUGUCCAGGAACAACAGCAACCGCAGCAUCAGCCACCGCAGCCAUCACAGCAGCCGCAGCAACCACAACCCCUCGGACACCAGUCGUUACAGCAACAGCAGCAACAACAGCAGCCUGGCGGGCCCGCAGGCCGAUUCCACCAACAACUCCAACCGGGCCAGCAAGCUCACUACCAGCAGCAGCUCCACCAAGCUCGUCUACAGCAACGUCAACAGAUGGCCGCCCAGGCUCAAGCCCAGGCACAAGCCCAAGGUCAAGCCAGGGCACACAACCAGGGCCAGAUGCAAGGACAACAACGAGGGGGCGGCGGAACGGGGAAUAAUAAGAAUGCCCCCGUCGUGGUACUGGAUUAA